AUGAAUCAAUUCUCAGAUGGAAUUCCUAGAGAAAUUGGAGGAUUGGAAACUUUGGUGCAGCUUUCUUUGAGACACAACAAUUUGCAAGGUACUAUACCCGACUCAAUGAGAAACAUGGUAGGUUUGGAAUUCCAAGACCUUUCUCAUAAUAAUAUAUCUGGAAACAUUCCUAAGUCUUUGGAGAAGCUUCAAAACUUGAAGUAUUUCAAUUUUUCUGUCAACAAAUUGUAUGGUGAAAUACCCUCGGGAGGUCCUUUCAAGAACCUCUCGAGUCAGUUUUUCAUCUACAAUGAAGCAUUGUGUGGUUCUUCAAGAUUUAGUGUCCCGCCAUGCCCCGCUUCAUCAAAGCACAGAUCAAAUAGGAAAAAAUUGCUAGUUCUUUUUCUUUUUCUGGGAAUUGCACUAGUAGUUGUUCCUAGCACCUUUAUUUUCUUCUGGAUAAGGUAUAGAAAAGGUACAAGAGUUCUUCAACAAGCUGAUUCAUUGUCUUCCGUAACAAGUGAAAGAAUUUCAUACUAUGAAUUGAUCCAAGCAACUGAUUUGCUUAGCGAGAGUAAUCUGAUUGGUUCUGGAAGUUUCGGCUCUGUUUACAAAGGUGUUCUCCGAAGUGGAACUGCCAUUGCAGUCAAAGUGUUCAAUCUGCAACUAGAUGCGGCAUUCAAGAGCUUUGAUAUGGAAUGUGAAGUUCUGCGCAGCCUUCGCCAUAGGAAUCUCAUAAAAGUCAUUACUAGCUGUUCCAACCUUGAUUUUAAGGCUUUAGUGCUGGAGUAUAUGCCAAAUGGAAGUCUUGAGAAGUAUUUGUAUUCACACAAUUACUUCCUCGACAUCAGGCAGAGGCUAAGCAUAAUGAUAGAUGUGGCAUCCGAGUAUGUCUUGCUGGAUGAUGAUAUGGUUGCCCACCUAAGAGACUUUGGUUUUUCAAAACUACUUGGUGAAGAUCAGGGUGAUUUGUACACUAAAACCUUAGCAAUAUUGGGGUAUAUUGCUCCAGAGUAUGGACUGGAAGGACUAGUGUCAACAAAGUGUGACGUCUAUAGUUAUGGGGUCAUGUUGCUGGAAACAUUUACUAGGAGAAAGCCUAAUGAGUUUGAAGGAGAUCUUAGCUUGACGCAAUGGGUGAGUUAUUCACUUCCAGAUGCUGUAAUGGACGUCGUGGAUGCCAACUUGGUAACAGCAACAGGUAAUGGCUUACCAAAGGAGGUAGAUGUUGUGGCAUCAAUCAUGAAAGUAGCAUUAGAUUGUUGUGCUGAAUCUCCGGCAAGAAGGACAAACAUGAAAGAUGUUGUAGGGAUGCUGCAGAAAACCAAGAUUCAACUUCUUGCAUGCUGA